UGCACCUGUAUUAAAUAUGUAGGUGAUUGUACAAACCGCCAUAUGGAUGAGGUUGGUUGGGACCAGGUUGUUCCAGACUUCACCGGCUCACUUGUGCUCAUCGGUCACCGGUGUGGGUGGCUUUACCCCGCCGAUUGCGGUCCACUAAGUUAUGAGUUGGCUGUGGGGGUGGUGGCUCGAAGAGUCGAGGGUGAGAGGUGGCUAUCAUCAACCACUCUGUUGACCAACCAGAUGGAACUCGACAAGCUAAGCACUCAAGACUUGAACAGCUUAUUCGAACUGGGCUGCUUCUUCAUCCUCAACGACCUCCCCACAGGAACUCAGUUCACCAUCGAUGGCUCCACCUGGCUAACUGGCUCACUCUUUCAAGGAAUCAAACUAAUCCCGCCUGGCUUUCAUAUCAUCACCAUCAGUCCUGCGCCAAUCAAACCAUCGCGAAACAAGCUGGGAUCCGAGCAGACAUUCAACUCGCCCGGGAUAGGAUACCAAGUCAGGAAGGGACUCAUCAGGUUCUUCAAGCCACAGGAGAAACUGAUCAGGUACUUCGAUUCGAAUCUCGAAGACUUCAAGGCAAAUCAUCAUUCGACCGAACAGACAAUCACUUCCAUUGAUUACAUGAAAACCAUCGACUCCAAAUUAGCACCAUAUCCGAUCAAGGAUUACGAUCGAUGGAAGGCAUUGACCAGUCGUAUCACAGCCGAGCAAGUCUCAAGGAUCAUCGGCUUCGAUAAUCAAGAGGAUGGUCUUCUAGACAGUCUCAUCUUGAACAAUGUCAGCCUAUCAUCACAUCCACCCCCACCACUCUCGGGAAGUAUACCUAAUCGAACUCAAUGGGGAAAACCUAGACUUGGGAAUGAUCAACUACAAGUCCAACCCCUAUCUCAAUCCCAAGAACGGACAACCUUUUGGCCUUUCAUCGAUCUCAAGAGGUCGUGGCCUAAGGAUGCUAUCGGUCCUGAACUCACAAAAUGGAGUCGCGAUAAGAGCUGGCUAUUCGAUCAUCUUAUGCAUCAUCAAUUCAAUAGGGAUCCUGAAGAGGUCUUGGGAUUACUCCAGCUAUCAUUCAUAACGUUCAUAGAGAUUCAAUCGAUCCAGUCCUUCGAAUUCUACCAAAGCCUAAUGAACUUAAUCGUCAAGUCAAACCUCUCGGAACUUACGGAGCUCAAUAAACGAAGAUCGGAUGAUCAACGAGAGAAGAUAGAUUAUCUGAGUCUGAAUCUAGAGAUCACCAAAGUGUUUAGCGUCCAAUUGAAGUACCUGAGGUCGAAUUUCUUCUCGGAAUGGAUGGAAGACUUCCAAAUCGAGAAUUGGUUCUUUGGCGUUGUCGAUCGGUUCCGAAUGAAUCUGAACUACAUCAUCAGUUUAACGAUCAAGGAACGAUUUGCGACCGCUCAUAAGACAGAAAAUGAUGUGGAUGAUGAGGAGCGAAGGCAGCGACGGAAUGGAGAAGUUCGGAGGAGCUUGGAAGGAAUCGAUUGGCCGGGGAUUCAGACAGACUGUAAACGGUUUGAUUGGAACGUCAAAGAUCUGAAGAUCCCUAUCAGCCGACUUGACGACCACCUCCAUCCUGCUCAAAUUCAAGAUCUGUCGAUUGAAGAUGACGACGAGGAGGAUGAGGAGGAGGAGGAUGAACUAAGUGAGGAUGAAGAAGAGGAAUUCAAACCGGUGGUCGUCACUACAUAUCCUUCUCAGGCAUAAUCUUACCAUUAACCGCUUCCAUAAAUCCAUAUAUAAGCACUUUUGCCGUUACUUUUCUAUGCUGGCGUAGAUCUCACACUUAAUUCACGAGGUACACAUCUAGCUCUACACGAAGAACAAAGAUGCACCCUCACUUAUUUAUCUGAGUCCACCCCCCCCUUUUUUUUUAAUCGUUAUUGUUUGAUCGCGUUUGGAUCGUCUUGCUCUUAAUAAACUGUUCAAUUUCUCACAGCAGCAAUCUAAUGAUUACCCCGCCUGUUCGUAACUAUUGAUCUGCUGUUUUGAACACAACGUACAGUCAAUAUGACGUCUAGGUCGUAUUUUGACCCAGUGGAAAAUU